AUUAUUUGCUUCUUCUCUUAAGAAAAACAAAAGUUCGCUUACUCUCUCGUUAAAGCUCUCAGAGAGGUUAUCUCGAUCUGGUUGGUUCCUUUAACAAUCUGUAACUAUGGCGGCAGAACCGAAGGCAGCGACUGCUGAAGUAGUAAAGAUGGAUCUGUUUGAGGACGACGAUGAGUUCGAGGAAUUUGAAAUUAACGAAGUUGAUUCUUCAGAUUUAACUAGUAGUUGUAUUGAAAGGAUUGAUAAAGAUGGACUAGUGUAUGAGUUGAGUAGGUCUGAUAUGAAAACGAAUCUGUUUGAUGUCAAUUUCAGGUGUGAGAUAGAUUGGUUGGAGAAAGAAGAAGUGAAGGAAGUUAGCCAGCAGUGGGAAGAUGACUGGGAUGAUGAUGAUGUCAAUGACGACUUCUCACGUCAGUUAAGGAAGGAGCUUGAGAAUGGUACUGACAAGAAAUAAGGUCGAAGAUUGUGAAAGACAGGUCUUCACAUUUAGGAAAUCUUGGUUUUCUUUUAUGAUCUGGAACUUUGUUUGUACUGCAUCCUUUGGUUUAUGUUAUCGGUUCUGCUUUUCCUUUGCACAUUUUACUAUUCCCUGGAUGGAAAUUUCUUAUCUUUGAAGAUGAUAAAUUUAAACUGGUAAGAUCAUCAUCUUCUCUCAACAUCCAUUGCGGUGUGUUCCGUAUGGACAUGGAUUAGUUACUAACUUACUAUGUACAUUUUCUUACAAGGAUCUUUAUUAGAGCGUAAACGGUAUUUGAAAUGCCAAAAAUCCUUCAAACUAUGUAUUGAGAUGCACUAGAAAUGCAAUCCUUUAGUAAACACAAAUGAGAAAUAAAAGGGGAGAGACCCGUAAACAUCACAAAAUAACUGUAGAGAUCACAU